AUGGAAGUUAUCAUGCACCAAAGGCGCAAACUCACACGGACAACAUCCCUCAAACGGGAUACGACAGAUGCUCAUGCCACAGACGUCGCCUUCGUCGCCAUUGUUAUCGGUUCCAGUGUUCCAGUGUUAGCGACGCUCCAGUGUUGGGUGAUUGAGGAGAUGAUUUGGGGUUAUUUGGUAUUGUGUACACGUCAAUUGGGUAAUUAUGUUGCGUUCUCGAUAUGCCUGAGAUUUACGUUCAUGAAGACAUUACACUGCACACCUACGGCAUAUCGACAUGUACGAACCGUCCUUAUCCUCGGAAAUGUCAGGAAGGGCACCAUUAUCUCGCUUGUGUCUCUGGCCAAUCGGGAUGUUCACCGACUCUUGGACCAGGUAUCCAUGUCUGACGCGUUCGUGAUUCACAUUACCGGCCCCACGUACCCCGCAGACUGGUGA